UAUCCCAGGUGCGCAUUCAUGCGUGUGUAGAAUUGGUAUUUGAAAUCGCUGUUGGAAAACAGGCAAAAGCACGUCUGCUUUUCGUUAGAAACAGAAACCAGUUCGUCCACUUUAGUUUGUGUCUCUGAUAAGACCAUGUUUGACGCGUCUUUACAAAGGACAUUAAAAAAAGUCUCAUGCAUUUCAACACAUUGGCAAAGCCUAUGAAUGCAUUGCCAAGCUGUGUUAUCGAAGUUUUGAAGAUGGCCAUAGGGAAGUGUAGAUACAGAACCGUAACGGCUUUCUGCAGUCGAAGAUGUUAGUCAGAGGAGUUGAGUGGAGUGCAAUCCGCAGAGCAGGCCAAAGGGUUCCCAGCAGGGAACCAUUCAUAACCUUCUGCCAUGUCUGUUAAAGAUGACCUGUACGCCUAUACCCUGUCCAAGACCCUCACCACGGUGUCCUCCCCCACCACCGUUGGGCUCUACUCCUCAUGUCCCGACCGCAUCAAUCAUAUCCUCCAACGAACACAAGUGCACAUGGACCGGGAGGCGACGAGGAGAGAGCAGCUGUUGGCCUACGGGAGCUCCAGACCUCGCUCGGUGAAGCCUUCUCUCUCUGGCCUGCUCUCGCUGCUCUUCAAGCUGCUCUUCUACCGGCCUGCCUGGGCGGAGGACCAUCACCAGGAGCACAUGCGCUUCGUCCACAUCCACUUCAGCGCCUGGCACUUCGCCGGCAGCGACCUGCUCUGGGCCGGGUUGGUGUUGAGGCUCUGCCACGCCAUGCAAGUCCACUUCGGCAGGCUGCCGCUGUCCCUGUACCGCACCGUGCAGCACUACGAGGAGGACGAGAUCCGCCAGAAGCUUGUGAAGGAAGGUCCAAGCUGCCUUAAACCUAAGAUGCUGUGCUGCUGCCCGCUGUGGCACUUCAUCCUCUAUGUCCUGAUUACCAUGGUGACCAUCUGCGUGGGCCUGGGGCUGUUCGGCUUCCCCGAGGAGGGGGACGAGGGCAUGGGCCAGGUCAAUGGGACAACCACCAAUCUUAUGGGUGUCGGUGAGGGCGUGGCCCUGGCAGCGCUUGGCGUUCCUGCUGCAAGCGCGGGCAAGUUCAUGGUUGACCUGGCGAAGAACCUUCUGCACAGCCAGAAAAGCAGACUCAACAGCAUCAUGGACAACGUACAGGUGAGCCGCCAGCUGGGCUUCAUGCACGAGGUGCGGAAGGAAAUAUGGCUGCUGUCCAACUUCAUCCACUUCAUGGAGCUGUUCGAGGGCCGGCGGAUCCGCGUCGUGAUGAGGAUCACAAAUCUUGACCGCUGCAGCCCGACGAAGAUCGUGUCGGUCCUGGAAGCCAUCAACAUCCUGCUCUCAGACCAGGGGAGUCCCUUCUUUCUAAUCCUGGCUGUCAACCCGGAAGUGAUCGUGCAGAAAGUGAACUUUGCUGAUGGCUGCUUGUGUCGCGAGGACCGAGCGUAUGCCUUUUUGAACCGCAUCGUUACUCUCUCCUUCACCAUCCCACCGCUGACGGAGGACUCCAAACGCAAGGUGUUCUACGGCCUCACCUACAAAUCAGACGUGAUUCUGACCGGGACACACAAGCGCAAACACAGACUGUGUUGCAGCAAAUCAACGCAAGACCAUGAGUCUUCCCUAGAGGACAUCCACAUGCCACUGAUGUAUACAACGAGGGAAUCCACGGAGGGGGUGGAGGAGGAAAUAGAGAACCUUGUCACCAUUGCCUUCAAAAGCUUCAUGAGUGACGGGGGCAGGCUGAAGAAAUACAUCUUGGACGACAGCAUGUCCAUGAGGCGGGUGAUCAACUCCAUUCGGAUGACGGUGACCAUCAUGAAAUAUCUGAAAGCCGAGGUUCCUCCACCAGAGGACAUUGCGGCCUGGGUGGUGUUGGCCAACUACUGGCCCUGCCGUCUCAGCUGGCUCCUCAACUGUAUGGAAGACGACCAGCAGAGACUAGAGAUCGACGGGGUCAACGUGUCGUACAGUGAGGACUCCAAGACCCUGUGGCAGGUCUUCAAGGAGUCCAGGGUGGAGCUCUACAUGAUCAGAGAACAGAUCGAAGAUCUCCUGGAGCAGGACAGCGAUCCAGAGACCUUUGAAAUGCUUCUGAAGAUCGACUUCCCGUUCACUAUAAAGGAUAUUGAGGCGUUUGCGGCGGCGACGGUGAACCUUGACCUCACGAUAAGAAAGGAGCUGGGUCAGAUCAGAGGGGUCUCCAAGCUCAAGGAAUCCGGGUGGACUGGUACCGUCGUGCCGCUGCCUAUCAAAUCCAUCAUCAACAUGAGCGUUGAGGAGGUUUGUUCAGAGCUGGAGAGGAUGCACCCUAAUUCUGAUUAUGCUAAGGUUGUCAGGGAGAAUGACCUUAACGGCUUAGCGCUGGUCUUCGGUGACGUUGACCAACUCAAGUUGCUCUUCCCGAUGACGCUGGGGCAGUGGACUGCUUUCAGGCUACGCUUCUGGGGCUUUUCCUCAGUCCGUCGACAAACUCCAUCUCAGUCACCCUGCCUCAGACGGCCCCAUCACGAACCACCAUCACAGCCUAGCUAGCCUUCAUGCUACGCUUCACGGAUACAUGUGUAAUCAUGAUAUACAAGCUGUGAAACAAGGAUAUCAGUAUUGUAUACGAUGUAUAAAUGUCCCAAAUUAUACAAUAUAUGGUACUUGGUAAACACAAGGUCACAGGCUACAUAUUAAACUGUAUUAUAUAUACAAUGUGAAAGCUUAAAAUGCUAUAUGAACAAUGUAUAACUAUUUAACUAUAUCAAUUAAAUCCAUUGAUUUAAUUGAUAUGGUAUAUGCAGAGCAGUAUUGGUGGAAGGACUGUUUUAUGUUGCACUUAAAAUUUUAAUUAUUGAAGUAAAGGAACCCACUUCAUUGGAAGUUAUAGUUAGUUUGUUAUGCUUGAAUUAAGAAAUUUACGUUUGUUAACAUUCAAACCAUUCUCAUCAUUGUGCAGUGAAUCUGUUUGUUUCUGGAAAAAGCCCUUUGCUCCUUAUUUAUUGCCAAGGACUUUGGGAAACACUCUUUUAUUUUGUAUUCUUUAUUCUAUCCUGGUUGUUAGUGCAUGGUUUCGUGUUCAAUUUGACUUUUUCCAAGACUUUUUCUCUUUUGCUCUAUGUUGUUAUACUUGAACAACACAAAUAUAUAUGCAUCUAAAUAUUAUAAACAACACUAUAGGUAUCUUAAUUUGCACUUGAAUGUGCAGUUUUUUCUUCUUCCUCUGGGAAUGGACAUUGAUCUAAUAUAUUGUACUGUACUUAUUUUAUUGUACCAGGGCUGUACAGAAAUGUCCUGUUGUUCAUCAACACUGUACAUGCAUUAUUCUUAUUGCAGGAGAAAAUGUACUCAAUACUAUUGUUAUGACUUGACUGUUUUCACCAAACAAUUUGCUCCGGUGAUAAACCGGACUCAACCUCAAUAAACAUUUGUGAGACUACACUUUGUGAUCACAAAGACAAUGAUUGAAUCCAUAGUAUUAACAAAUCAGUCUACAUGUAUCAUGGGGAAACCAUCCAGAUAUUAAAGUUGAUGUGACCUUGCCAAAUAAGAACUGUUUUCCCAUGCCCGUAGACAUGGCCCAUGUGUUCAUAUGCCCAGGGUAAUGCAAGUUAAAGCCACUGGACAUGAAAAAAGGUAAUUAAUCUUUACAAGGUGUAGCUGUGAAUACGACAGAAGAAACACCAUUCAGUAUUAUGUUGUGA